AUGGUCGCCGCGAUAAUGCAACAAUUGGCUGCCCGCACACACCUCACUCGUGGGUGUGUGGGUCCUUGCCAUAUCCUUUCAGAAUGUCAAAGGCAAACGUGGACAACAAAAAAAAAAAAAAAACAAUUACUUGUCAACAGGCCAAUACCAGUACAUUUGAAAUCCAAACAAGUGGCGAGUGAAAAGCAAAUCUCAGCAUUUCGGUUCCCUCGUUCGGAGUGGCGGUUUAAAGUCCUUGAACGCAGCUGCCUAAACGGGUUUUUGGUUUCCAGGCUCGCAAUGAAUUAUUUACACGGCAAACAGGUCGAAAUGGGUGCUCCUCGGUGUCUGAUUGCACUUCUUGCUUGCCUAUUUUUAGUUGAAGAGGUUGAGCCUAAAGUGGAGUUUACCAACUUCAAAUGCACUUCCUUGGACCCGAAAUUUGCCAUCGUUGAACACUGCUAUCUGAAGUCAGUAAAUCGUACAUAUAAAUACCUGGCCUUAAAAAUAAAUUUGCUACAAAAGCCCGUUACCAGAAUUAAAGUCAACGGAGCCACAUGGAAGCGAUUUAAUGGCUAUAAGCCGUCCCUUUAUAACGUUACAAUUGAUGCCUGCAAAUUUCUCAAAAAUCCCAAGUCAAAUCCAGUCGCUGAUUACAUUCACAGGCUCUUCAGAACUUACUCCAAUAUGAAUCACUCCUGUCCCUUUAAUCACGAUGUUAUUAUAGAUAAGCUGCCAAUUAGUUUCGUUAACAACCAGGUAACAGCAGUACUGCCAGUUCCCCCUGGAGACUACAUGUUUCAAUCGCAUUGGUACGCCUACGAUAUCAACCGUGCUACUGUACAAGUUUAUUUGACGAUAUUUUAAAGGAAAUAUAUUAUAUAACUUUGUUUGCCCGCCAACUUUUCAAAUAAAAUGUUAAAGAAUGCUGAUGGA